AUGCAGCAAUCCCCACAGAAAUCCAGAACGUACUCGACGAUUUUCGAGCAACAGCAACAGCGUCAAGAGCCGGUGUUUGUCCAAGUUUCUCGUCGUACAUCGUCGCCUAUCAUGUCCCCGAUCGGUCGUCGACGACCUAGUGUGGCUCCAAUUGGUCCUGCAUCUCCUUCCCAUGACUUCGACAAUGCCGGAAGCUCUUUGGCGCUUCCUCUCUGCAGUCCACGAACGUCCUUCAUUCGACACGAUAACAAGCUCGAAAAACUACAAGAACAGGUCAACGUCCUCAAAGCCUCUCUCGGCAUUUCAGAGGAAGAUUUACUAUGGAAAGUUGAGAGCUCAAAGGGCAACGCCUUCUUAGCAGCGGACCGCCAUCUAGCAGCUUGUGAGGAACGCUACGAUCGGUUAGUGUUUGAGAUGCAGCAAUUGUCGCAACCAGCACGUUGCGCGGACGAAGAUGACGCCAACAGUCUUCUAGCUGCGAAGCUGUGUUCACUGGAGAAGCAGGCUCAACAAGUCGCAGAACUGAAAGCGAGAGCCACAGCCUAUCAGAUCGACAUGGUCCAAACCAAGAAGACUCUCAUGGCUGUUCGUGUAGACGCUGAGCUUCAAUGUGCUAAACAAGACACCAGCGAUAUUAUGCUCUUUGCGGAGCAAGAACUCGCACUCACCAGCCAACUGGAGGGUAUCAAAGAGGACAUUUUAACGGUACAAAAUGCGAUGAGAACGGAGCAAAGUGCGCUGCAGACGUUGCUGGAAUGGCUGGGCUCUGAGACCGAUCGCUUCGGUGCCUCCAUCGCUGCUGAAAUUUUAUCCCCUUCUUUUGUCAUUUCAGAGCGCACACUAGAAAUCAAGCGUGCGUUACUUUACACUCUCCGAACCAUCCCUGAAUGUGCCCAAGGAAGCGAGAGAUUAUCCACUUUGUGCACUCAAGCCACUCAACUGGCAGCGAAGAUCACUACAUCUCGUGCACAUGAUUUGAAACACACUGAAGCUGAACUAGAACGAACCAUGCGCGAUGUCGAAAUCUGGAGAACGCGACGUGAACAAGCCAAAGAAUUCGCCGAUGAAUUGCGCAAGAAGGAGGCAGAAUGGCAGAAAAAACAACGCGAAAAGAACGACGAAAGCCUCGCAUUGAUGCGUACUUUCAUUCCUGUUGACAUUGCUGAUUUGUCAGUUGAUGCGUUGAUCACGAGAGCUCAAGAAAGAGGCGUCUUGUACACGUACGACUUGGCUACCUAUCUUAAAACAAACCGGUUCUUACACUGGUUGGUGACGCAUGAAGACGACAUUGCUCGUGCGAAUUUCCUGGCUAUUGAGAGCGCCUCGUUCUUUGUGGACUUUAUGAAUUACGACGUUAACGAGCGUCGAGCUUUGGCGCGUGUUCUGCCGGAUGUUUUCGCCUUUGACAAAGAUGGUAGGAAAAAUACGUGGAGAACGAGUUUUAUUGAUCACGUACGUCAACUGGCUGCUCAGCAGCAGCGUGAAACGAUUAAGGCUGGCUGGGAUCCAGUUCAAUGUUCACGACGAGAUGUUCCGUUGCCAGAACUUACAUCGAAGCAGCAUCUUAAUCCGAUUUUUUGCUACCCGACAGACAUUGAAAUUGAUACUAGAUUGGACAAAUUUGACCGGCAACGUGCUCGAAUUGAAUCAAAGCGUAUGCGGUUGAAACAACUGGACGACGAGCUCAUUCCACAGGCGAAAGCAGAGUACGUCGCAGUUGCGGAGGAUGCUCGUAACGAAAAUUUACAACGUUCAUUCGGUAAAGCUACUCUAAUCGCGUUACGGGAGCAAGCCAAGCAGCAACAUUUAGUGCUCUGUAAAGAUAGAGAUACAGUUAGAGGCGAAUUGGCUCACGGGGACCGUGCGUGGGCAGCAAUGACGCCUUCGUUCGAGCAGUACCAAGCGGAAGUUGCGCAGGUUCGAGCGUUUGAUCCCGAAAUUCGCCACGCAUUUCGCAUUCGUGGACCUUUUCCAGCGGAUAUUGACAUUCAGCCACGAGAACGUGCAGCAUUCAAGAAAUUAUCUGUUGAGGAGGAAGCGGAAGCCAGGAAACGGGAGCUGGAUCAUGCCAUCGCGAAACGCAGUCUCAGUAUCAACGAAGUUACAGUCGAAGAGGCAACUGGAAGCUACACGGUUAAUGCAACUAGAAGACAAAUUGUCGACGGUUGA